AGUAAAAUGGUAACAUUUUACUUUGAAAAGACGGGCUCAUCAACCAUCAUGGAUAUGUAAAAAGUUGGUUCCAUGGGUGAAAUACCAGGUUGUAUAUUUAGUGCAGUAAAGGACGCACAAGUGAUGAAGAAUGGAGGAAAAGUGCUGCCUUUCAAAUGAUAUUUGGCUGUAUUGUAUGCGAGCCACACCGGAAGUUAGUUGUGUAACUUGACGAUUAGAGUCGCACACUCGUCACACGGCAGAGGACAUAAAGUCCACUUUAUUGUUGGACAGCAAAAGUAGUCAUUAACCCGGAAUUAGAUUGCUGUAGUCAUUAUGUCGAUGUAAUUAAUGAACCCAGAAAUGGAGCGUCGUCCUCUGCUGGAGGAUGCUGCAUGACGUCACCGGACAGCCAGAAGGAGACUGCGGCGUGAAGACCGGAAGGAAGCAGCCAGCGACGCCGGACGUGCUCGUCAUGGCGGCGGCUGAGCAGCAGUCGGAGAUGUGGCCGCCAUCAUCAUCAUCAUCAUCAGCAUCAUCCCCGAUGACGUCAUCGGGAGGGAGGACGCCUGCUUUGCCCUGCCACACUUGUCUAUGACGUCAUCGGGAGGACGCCUGCAGGAGCUCCUUCAAGUGCUUCGGCCUCCUGGAUGUUUGACACUCUUCUUGUCCUGCGUGGGUUCUGUUCCCGGUUCUGCUGCUCUCAUCGCGCACAGCAGAGAGACAACCAUGGCCAGUCAACCUGUCAUCCUCAACGUGUAUGACAUGUACUGGAUCAACGAAUACACUUCCAAUCUGGGAAUUGGCGUCUUCCACUCAGGCAUCCAGGUGUACGGCCAAGAGUUUGCAUACGGCGGCCAUCCUUACCCUUUCAGCGGAAUCUUUCACAUCAAUCCAGGAAACGCCGCCGAGCUCGGAGACACCUUCAGAUUCAAGGAAGCCAUAGUUUUGGGCACCACUGACUUCACGGAGGAGGACGUGGAGAAGAUCAUGGAGGAGCUUGGCAAGGAGUUCAAGGGCAACUCGUACCAUCUCAUGCACAAGAACUGCAACCAUUUCUCCUCUUCGCUGUCCGAGCUGCUGUGCGGGCGUGAGAUCCCUCGCUGGGUCAACAGGCUGGCCUACCUGAGCUCCUGCAUCCCCUUCCUGCAGAGCUGCCUGCCCCAGGAAUGGUUGACCCCGGCCGCCCUGCAGACUCACAUCAGCAUGGGCCUCCACAGGGACCAACGCCGCCGGUCCAGCGACCACGACUGCGACCGCCUGUCGCCGUCCGGCGCCGCCUCGGGUUCCUCCCACGGCUGUCGCCACACCAGGGUGUGAGCGUGGACCCGCCCGCCGGGGAGCGGGACCUCCCGCCCGGAGCUAGUCGGCAAGACCACAUGACCUCGCUGUCAGGAGGCCGCCACAGUGCGGUCGGACACGGUCAGGAAGAGUCGGCCAACAGCGACACUUGCAGUGUGUCGUACUUCCUGUCGGGGACCAUUUUUGACAAGCUGCUAAAUUAGCAACUUCUUUCUUAGCCUUUUUGCAAGGAGCUGAGCCUCCCAAGGACGCUUCAUUUGAACACAACUCAGUGGGAUGAGCAGUAGAAAAUGGAUGGAAGGUUCAAAGGACCCAGUCCCCCUCCCAUAUGCACUUCCUUCCUUCUAGAAUGUUCCUGCCUGCGUCACAUGUUCCUUUGCUCGGUGGCACCGUGCCAGCCUGAGUGGGCGAGGCCAGGUCUUUAACAUUCAUUCACAAUUCCUACACACAGAAAUUCAAAGUGCUUUACAGAAAGUUCAAAGAAGGCAAAAAUAAAAAUGUCAAUUAGUAUUUUAAGUUCCAAUCAGAUGUGACAUAUUUUCACAAGUUCCUUUAUUAUGUGAAAUAUUUAUUUCAUUUGUUUACAAAAUAUAUAAAACAUUUUAUUUCAGAUUUAUUUUAAAGUAUUUGUAGUCCUGUAUUUAUUAGGAUUUUUAUUUAUUUAUUAGUAAUAUAGUUUUUUGGACAUGGGGGUGCUAAAAACAAACUAGCUACACAAAAACUAGCUGUACUAACUAUACAAAAAUUUUUUUUAUUGAAAAAUGGAUUGGCAAACUAAAGAAACAAGUUCUAUGCAUCUUUAGCAACAAUAAUGGUUCUCUAACUAAAGUUGAUAAUACUUAAUAUUGUUUUAAU